AUGUCAACCUCUCAUGUGGUUCCAAUGUCGGAUGGCAUCCGAUACAUGGAACUCACCGUGGUGUUUCUGUGGUUAGUAUUUCUGUGGGAAAUGUACUUGCACAUACGCCAACACCGCAUGUUCAAGGAGAAGAACGUUCCGAAGAACCUGGAGGGGGUUAUUGGUCCAGAUGAGUUUGAGAAGGCCAGGAUAUAUGGAGAGGACAAAAGUCGCUUCAGUUUCUUUCGGCAGUGGUUCGAUAUAAUCGAAACAACACUCAUCUUUGCGCUGGGCGGACUACCCUUUAUUUGGGACUGGUCAGGCGAUGCUCUUGAGUCAAUGGGGCUUAUGGCCACAGAGAAUGAGAUUCUGCGGUCCAUCCUGUUCAUCUACGCUAUGCAGUUCUAUCAACUGCUGGUCACUCUGCCGUGGAGUCUGUACUUCACAUUUGUUGUGGAAGAGCGGCACGCAAUGAACAAGUGCCCUGUGCUGCUGGUGCCUAUCCUGUACCUGAUCAUGUGGAGUGGACCAUACUUCUACGUGUACGUCUGGGCGUUUGUCUUCUGCUUCUCCAUUGCGUCCAUCACUGUGUACACCGAUUACAUCGCUCCCAUGUUCGACAGAUUCGAGCCACUUCCGGACAGUCCGCUGCGCACCAAAAUCUCAGCACUGGCGGAAUCUGUGGCAUUCCCCGCAAGUCAGUUGCUGGUGGUCUACGCGUCCAAUCGAUCGUCACACAGCAACGCCUACUUUAUCGGCUUCUUCAAGAAUAAGAAGAUUGUUUUGUUCGACACCUUGUUCAAGAAACACGCCAAAAAGAGCGACGCUGAUGCCAACGUCUCUUCUAAGCAAAGCGAGACAGAGGAGAGGCCCAAAGAAGAUGCGAAGGAGGAGGAGCCGCUGUUCGAUGCAGACGGCAAUGUGACCGGAACACGCAACUGCAGUGAUGAAGAGGUGGUCGCCAUUCUAGGCCAUGAAUUGGGCCAUUGGAAACUCAACCACACACUGAAGAUGUUCGCCCUGAAUCAGGUGGUGUUGUUUACCAUGUUCAUGCUGUUUGGCCACCUAAUGCACAACGCGAGUCUUUACGCGUCCUUCGGAUUUGACAGCACUCCUACGCUCAUCGGGUUGAUUCUGAUUAUGCAGUUUGUGUUUGGCCCCAUCAACAUUGCUGUGGGGUUCCUCUUCACCCUCCUGACUCGCAUGCGCGAGUACGAGGCCGACGAGUUUGCGGUGGUAUGA